CAACAUGCAGACGGGGCUGGCUACCAGACUCCUCCUCCUUGCCAUCCUGCCGCUUGUGGUACUCUCCGAUACCAAGCACGGCUCUACUGACUCGGAAGAACUGAAACCUUUGGGUCCUCAGGUUCCAGUCGUGGUAAUUAUCGGUGCUGGAAUCUCUGGUAUUGCAGCAGCAGAGAAGCUGCACAAACAUGGCUUCCAAAAUAUAAAAGUCCUGGAGGCUACUGGGAGAACCGGAGGCCGGAUCCGCACAGAGAGUUUCGCGAAAGGUCUGGUUGAGAUUGGCGCACAAUGGAUUCAUGGACCAUCUCCAGGCAACCCAGUCUUCCAGCUGGCAUCUCAGUUUGGCCUUUUAGGACCAGAUGCCUUGCUUGAGGAGAAUCAAAAAAAUAACUGGGACGGCCAUCCCCCUUCCAUCGUGGUUACCUACAGUAGUUCAGGAAGAAAAGUCGACCCAGAAGUGAUGACCAACAUUACAGAGUUGUUUAACACAUGGCUGGCACAAGUCCGGAAUUUCACCAGUGAUGAUUGCGAUCCUGAAGCUAGUGUGGGAAAAUUUAUGCGAGAAAAGAUUGUCCACAGCUCACAAGAAUGGGAAAAGGAAGAAGUUGAAAUUAAUAUGGCUUUGUUGAGGGGGUUUCUCAAUGUAGAAUGCAUUGUAUAUGCAGCACAUAGUAUGGACCAGGUGGCACUCUGCCCUUUUUGGGAAUAUACAGUGCUUCCAGGACUUGAUUGCACCUUUCCUAAAGGAUUUGAAAGUCUUGUGAACCACAUGAAGGCACCACUUCCAAGUGGCACUGUAUUACUGAACAAAGCAGUAAAGAGCAUUCACUGGAAUGGAUCCUUUCCUGGCAGCAACUCUCAUGUGUAUCCUGUGCAAGUGCAGUGUGAAGAUGGUGACAGCUUUGUGGCAGAUCACGUCAUUGUCACUGUUCCUCUAGGAUUUUUGAAGAAACGAUCAGUGGAUUUCUUCAGCCCUCCUCUUCCACCAAGCAAAAUGCAGGCUAUUAGGAAUUUGGGAUUUGGAACCGUUAAUAAAAUAUUGCUGGAAUUUGAAAAACCUUUUUGGGACUCCAACAGUACUGUGAUCCAGAUCAUGUGGGAAGGUGAAUCUCCUCUUACUGAACCAAAGGAAAACCUGAAGCACAAUUGGAUGAAAAAAAUUCCUGGAUUUUUUAUCCUGGAGCCACCUGGACAGAUGGGGCAUGUGCUCUGUGGAUUCAUGGCUGGAGAGCAGUCUGAAUAUAUGGAAACACUAACAGAUGAAGAAAUUUUAUCGGCAAUGACUGAUCUUUUCAGAAAAUUCACCGGGGAUCCUGAACUGCCUCCACCAAUCAGCAUGGUGCGUUCUCAGUGGCAUAGCCAGCCAUACACUGGUGGCUCUUACAGUUACGUAGCAGUGGGCAGCUCUGGUAUUGAUGUGGACAAUCUAGCAGAACCGCUACCCACAGACAAAGAAGUUCUCAAGCCGUUGCAGGUUCUUUUUGCUGGAGAAGCCACAGAAAGAAACUUCUAUUCGACAACACAUGGAGCUCUUAUGUCUGGUUGGAGGGAAGCAAAGCGCUUGAUUGACAGAUAUAUAGAUCUUGGGGUCAAUGUUAGCAAAGCAAAGCACUAAAUGUACAUAAUCAUCUGUAACACUCCACUAAUAUCUUUAUGAUUUACAGAAAAAAAUUAUAAAAAAUACAGUUCACUACAAUACUUAUACUAGGCAAUUUAAAGUGACUAUCACGUAUCCACAGGACAGGUCAUAAAUGUAUGGUUCUUGGGCCCAUAACACAGGACCCCACAAUCACUAGAAUGGGGGUCUUGAACUCCCAUUCCAGCGGCAAUUGAAUGAAGUGGUGUUCCGUGACACUCCAUUCAUUCUCUGAGAGAUAGCUGAUCGUUGUGCUUGACUAUCUCACUCAUAGACUUUGAAUGGAGAGGCAAUUUGCAUGUACUGUAUAACCACUGCUCCAUUCAGGCUAGGGCUACAAGGCGACGCUGGUUGUGGCCAGGAUCGCAGAGUAGCAGUGAUGCAAUUGUAUUGAAUGUAACUGCAAUGUGAGUGGCAAAAAAUCCAGCAAAGUUGGAUUCUUUGCAACUCGUGCUGCGAUCCCCUUCGCUUCCAUGGGGUCAUCGGUACUCUGCAAUCCUGGCCGCAACUGGUGUUGCCAUGUAGCUCUAGCUUUAAACUACUGUGGAACAAAAGCUCAGGAAUUCUGCUCUAGU